UUAUUUUUUUGUUGCAGGAGCGGCUAGCUUUGGGUAGAAACCAAUGCUCCAUUAAUGCAGUCAUCAAGAUAACACCGACCGAGGGGGCAGAAAUACAAACUCCUGCUUUGGUUUUGUCAGAGUGUCCGGUUGCAGAGGAAGUGUAUGCGUGGGUGUGUGUGCGUAUGUGUGUGAGUGUGUGAAAGAUACACAAAGAAGAACCCAGUGAUGGCUACCGGUAAAAGUAAAAACCAGAGCUCUCUGGCACUGCACAAGGUGAUUAUGGUGGGAAGUGGAGGCGUGGGGAAGUCGGCCCUCACCCUGCAGUUCAUGUAUGACGAGUUUGUAGAGGACUACGAGCCCACCAAGGCAGACAGCUACAGGAAGAAGGUGGUGCUGGACGGGGAGGAGGUCCAGAUCGACAUUCUUGACACAGCCGGCCAGGAGGACUACGCUGCCAUCAGGGACAACUACUUUCGCAGCGGGGAGGGCUUCCUGCUGGUUUUCUCCAUCACAGAGCAGGAGUCCUUCUCUGCCACUGUGGAGUUCAGGGAGCAGAUCUUGCGGGUGAAGGCGGAAGAGGACAAGAUCCCCCUCCUUGUGGUAGGGAACAAGUCGGACCUGGAGGAGCGUAGGCAGGUGUCUGUGGACGAGGCCCGAGGGAAGGCCGAGGAGUGGGGCGUCCAGUAUGUCGAGACAUCAGCCAAAACCAGGGCCAACGUCGACAAGGUAUUCUUUGACCUGAUGCGUGAAGUACGAGGCAAGAAAAUGUCAGAAAACAAAGACAAAAAUGGAAAAGGAAAAAACAAAAAGAACAAGAAGAGCUUCAAAGAAAGAUGCUGUUUACUUUGAACUCUUAAUGGACCUUAACAAUCCACAAUACAACUGUUAAAUUGUCCUUGCCAUUGUCAUUCAAAUUCAAUUUGAUUUGAUUUUUUUUUUUAUAAAUAGCUGGGUUUAGUUUAGUGUUUAGCACAAUCUCAACCCUUUUUUUGUUGUUUGUUUUUAAUUAAUGAAAUCCGAGUUGUUGUUUCAUUGGAAGAUAACCACUGCUGUGACUGUGACUCGGACCGCAGUGCUUGAUGGCUCACAGGAAGCCAAUGACCAAACUGCCACUGACACUAACUUUGCUGCUCCACUGUUGAACUCAGCGAUUAUACUGCCCUUGACUUUGGUUCAGUGUGUUUUACACCAGAAUUGUUGAGUCUUUGUCAAGUUAACAGUGCUAUUAAUUUCUCUACCUGCUCUAAAUCUUAACCGGCAUAAUUCUUGGUCUGUUCGUAUAGAUCCCUUGAAUCUCUGUCCAUCAAUUUACAAGGAACUCGAAUGCUGCUGUCUGUCCUUUUUGUAAUCAUUUAUGAUGACACUUAAUGUCAUGUCUGUUGAAGAUGUUGGCCUCAUUCAUUCAUCUGUCUAGACUCUCAUCAUUACGACUUGAGAGCACGUUUGGAGUGGCUGUUGAAACUGGAAGCUUCAAACGGUUUCAUUUUUGAGCCCCUGAGGCUGCAUUCUUUUUUUUUUUUUUUUAGUUUUAAGUUAUCCAAGGAUUUCAGAUUUUCUGACCACAGGAGAAUCGGUGCACUAAGAGGACUUGUUGCUAAACGGGGUUAUUUUUAUUCCACUGUUAUCAGCCCUUUCAUGAUAACUGCAACCCAAUCAGAAAAAUGCUUUGCAGUUUUUUUUCAGGAGGACUGCUGCAAGACAAUAUCUUUGAUGAUUGUUAAACAAAUUUAUGAUGAGGUAAUUUAUCGCUUAGCUCACAGAGCUUCAUGUAGAUAUUAUAACGUAUAUAAUAUUGUUAGAAAUUCUGAAGCUGUGAAAAGAAGGUUGUUAUGUGGUUACUGUUUUUAAGUUGGUAUGUUCAUGUAAUCUGGACCUUCCCACCCCUCUCACAUUGCAGAUUACAUCCUGUUUUACACGACUGUUUAAAUCUUCAGUCUGUGCUGUGAGACAGGUGUCGACAAUCCAGGAGGCCGUCAUGAUUCUGGUCCACGAUGGCAUUAUAAUCAAUUUAUUAGGCUUUCUUUUUAUACCUUGGUCUUUUUAAUAACAUGCACUACAUUGCCAAUACCUAAGAAGGAGACUUCAUGCCUCGUGCUUGAGAUUUUACAACAAUUUGUGCCAACAAAAUCACAAAACGUCAAACAAUGUUUGUGGAUAUACAGUGUGUAUGCUUGUUAACUGAGUGUAUGUGCAUUCACCGGAAAAUCCUACUACUUUUUCUGUGUCUCUUAGGUGAAGCUUUGAAGAGGUCGCCAACUUCUUAACUGUUGUUUAAUCAUGUACUACAGUGAACCAGAUGUUUCUACCACUGCCAUUCUUUGUAACCUUCCCUCUUUCUUUUACUCCCUAAAGCUGUGAGUAUGCUUGUAUCUCUCUGCAGCGAGAGUGUUGCCGAAUAAAUGCUUUUUCUUUUCUUUGUAA